GUUCUGGGACACGUACUUCGGCGACACCCUCUGUGUAUCCUGGGCGGACUUCAUUGAGGCCUUCGAGGACUUUUACUUCCUGGGGCUUUUCCCGACUGACAUCAUGGCGCAGCUGCGUCACCACGUGGACCCCGAGCGCAACCACCAGGUCGCGCAGAAGGCCCUGCUCUCGCUGCUGGAGCGGCACGGCGCCCCGGCCGACCUCGUCGACACGCUGCUCGGGGAGGUCCUGGGGAGCAUCUCCUCGUGGAUCUACCGCGAGAAGCCGCUGGCAGUCUACAGGAGAACGAGAGCACGCGAAAGGCAGCAGGACCACGGCUUCCCGCAGCCCCGGCACGAGCCGCCGCUGGCCCACGGCCGCCCGCCGCUGCGCGAGCACGCGGCCAGCAAGGACUGCUGCUGA